GGAGAGUUCAAUUACUGUAUACUUGUGUUACAGUAAACCCUUGCAUCUUCUUUGUACUUCUUUCUUCCCUUGAUCAUUUAUUAAAUUUGAGAUAAUCAUCCAUGUUGGGUAUUUACCAGCAGAUCCUGGAGCGGAAUGCCCGAGAAACAGAUCCAUUCGUCUCGAUUCACGAAGCCAACGCCACGCUGUUGAAUCAAGUAGAUUCCCUGCAAGAAAAGUGUGUGGAAUACGAGCGGGAUAUAGCCUCGUUGCAACAGCAGUUGGAUGAAGGCGGCGGUGGCGCCAAGAACAAUUCGGGCGCCGCGACGGCAGCAUUGAAGAAUGAAACACGGCUCCGAGAAAAGCUGGAAAAAUUGCAGGAAGAAUUGAAUUCCAAACUCACGGCCCACGCCGAGGAUCAAGCCGAAGCGCUCAAGACCGCCAAGGAUCUGUCGGAUAUGAAGGAUCUGAAUCAGGCACAAGAGUCUACAAUCACCAAUCUCAAAAAGGAGAACGACAGGAAAGAAAAAGCCAUUGAGCAUUUGACGGAGCAACUGAAUGAUGCUCAGGCAAGAACCAAACUGGCAGAACAACAAUACGUCGGAUUGAAGGAAACCAUUCGGUCUCUGCAAAAGGAGAAUGAUGAUCUCAAGAAAGAGAAUUCUACCAUUGAAUCUAGACUAGUGCAAGAUAAGGGCAAAAUGUCGGAUGAAAUGAACGUUUUGACAGAAAUGGUUGACAGUCUCAAACGAGAGGUUGACAUGCUCAGAUCUCUCAAAAAGCAGGAAGAAAAGAGAAAGAGUGGAGGAUGGUUUGGAAGAUCCUCCACAUCAGAUAAAGACACCAAAGACAAAUCCAAAGAGUCCGAUGCGGAGAAGAAUUCUAGAAAGUUUGGCAUGUUGGGAGUGAUUGUCCCUUCGGGUCCCAAACAAGUCAUACAUGCUCACACGGCAGAGGCAACAAGUGUCCGGUAUGACUCCAUGGGAACUGAUCUACUGGUGACGGGUGGCAGUGAUUCACUUGUCAAAGUGUGGGAUGUUGGAACAGGUGGCGUGAGGGCAACGCUGCGAGGUCCAAGUGGGCAUGUCAUCCUGGGCUGUGACAUGUGUGGGCACUUGGUGGCGGGUGCCUUUUCGGACAAGACGUGUCGAGUCUGGAAUAUGAGAACCGAACGAAUGAUUCAUCAUCUCGUGGGACACGCGCAAAAGGUGACUUGCGUCCGAUUAUUCGACAAUGGACAAAGCGUCAUUUCGGGUUCUGCUGAUCGCUCGCUCAAGGUUUGGGACAUUCGGGCGCAAACCUACCGUCAAAACGUCACCUUACGCCAUAGUUCUACAUGCAAUAGCAUUGACGCUGGUUCCAAUGGAGUCGAUGUCGUAUCGGGCCAUCACGAUGGCGGUCUGCGAUUCUGGGACGUCCGGUCCGGAGAAAGAACCAUGGAUAUCAGUGGACUACAUGAGAGCUCCAUCACUUCGGUACAAUUCAACCCUGCAGACAGUACACAGGUGUUGACGAAUGGAUUGGACUCUUGCUUGAAACUUGUGGACAUUCGAACGGGCGCCGCCAUUCAUACCUUUCGGCAUCAAUCCUUCCACACUGGUCAAAGCUGGAGCGCAGCUGCAUUGAGUUCCAAUGGAGCCUACGCUGCAGCAGGUUCUAGUUCUACCGGAACCAUUUUUGUUUGGAACACCGACGAUGGUGAGCUCAAGGCCAAACUCGAACAAGGCCACAAUGCCGGCGUCUGUGGAUUUGCCUGGGGACGAGGAGGCGCGAGUGGUCAACAGGUAGCCUCCAUUGACCGCAAGGGAACCCUAGUUUUGUGGGCUUAG